AUGGGUGUUACAGUAAUUGUGCUGUCGGAGGUUUUUGGCCUGGCGGGCUUUUUCUCGUGCGGGCUGCCCGCCCGGUUCUCCUCGCCGAAGGCGGAGACGACCCCCUCGCCGCAGCUGGAGAACCCAUCGCCGCAGCUGGAGAACCCAUCGCCGCAGGCGGAGAAGACCCCCUGGCCGCAGGCGGAGACCCCCUCGCCGCAGGAGAUGAUCCCCUCGCCGCAGGAGGAGAUGAUCCCCUCGCCGCAGGAGGAGAUCCCCUCGCCGCAGGAGGAGAUGAUCUCCUCGCCGCAGGAGCCCCCCUCGCCGCAGGAGGAGACGAUCCCAUUGCCGCAGGAGGAGACGACCCCCUAG